AUGGACGAUACUUGCAAGCACGACAAGCAGAUGAUUGCAGCUGCAAACAUGUAUGAUGGCAACCUAAUGGAACCACGCACGAUCUGUUGCCGUCUUGCAGAAUAUGGGUGGUUGUGGAGUGGUGCAGCGCCUUUGGUUGAGUCUGAACGAACGACCGUACUGCCACAUCGUGUGAAAAAGCACUCGCUGGAAACGCAUCGAGCACAUCAACAGAAAACGGUGCCGCAGCGAGAUUUUACUACCACGUCACAGCCUGGAUUAUACGUGGGAUGA